GCGGCUUCGUGAGAAAAGGGACCGUUGAGCCUCCGAUGUGGAGCACUGGGACGGAAAACUUGGCCAGAUCUUGCUUUUUCCCGAGCAGCUGGUGGUGGGUCUUGAGGGAAGUUUCUACUCUUUGUUAAAAUUAAGAAUUAAAAUUUUCGUUAGAAGCCGGUUCGGCGCUGGCAGUCUCUUAAAUAUAACGUAAUCAGUUCUUCACGCUUCCCUGUAGUCAGGAUCAACAAGUUAGGUCUCUUGUUUCGAAAGGAAGAAGGGAAAGGGUAUUCUCACCAACACACUGAAUUUCUUUUUGGUUAUAUUCUUUUGGCUCCAAAUCUUUAUAUCAGUUUAGAAUUAAUAAUUGCGCCCCCCAGUGUCCAGCUCCUCUGUGACCUCAGCUCACCGCGAAGCCAUUGGAAGCUGCGUUCCUUUCAGGUCUUCCCCCGUAGGGCGGGUGGUGUGAUUACGCUCCCUGCGCGCGCGGAGUACGCUGGGAGUUGUAGUCCGUUUCACACGGCGUUGAAAAGUCUCCGGAAGUGGAGGUGUGAGAGGCCGGGCGGACUUGGGUAGCGGGACUCUGCUCCGGGACGCUUCUCCCAGGCGGGUCAUGAACGGACCAGCGGACGGCGAAGUGGACUACAAAAAGAAAUACAGGAAUCUGAAGCGGAAGCUCAAGUUCCUCAUUUACGAACACGAGUGCUUUCAGGAGGAGCUCAGAAAGGCGCAAAGGAAAUUGCUGAAGGUUUCCCGAGACAAGAGUUUCCUUCUAGAUCGACUUCUGCAGUAUGAAAAUGUGGAUGAAGACUCUUCUGAUUCAGAUGCCACUGCCUCUUCAGAUAACAGUGAGACAGAGGGGACGCCCAAGUUGUCUGACACACCAGCCCCUAAGAGGAAGAGAAGCCCCCCGAUGGGAGGAGCCCCAUCCCCUUCCAGCCUCUCCUUGCCUCCUUCAACAGGAUUUCCUCUGCAGACUUGUGGGGCCCCCUCCCCAUACCUGAGCUCGCUGGCUUCUCCCCCUUACCCCCCAUUCCCUUCUGACUACCUGGCCCUGCAGCUGCCUGAGCCCAGCCCCCUGAGGCCCAAGCUGGAGAAACGGCCCCGCCUACCCCGGAAACUCAAGAUGGCUGUGGGACCCCCUGACUGCCCUGUGGGUGGACCGCUGGCUUUCCCUGCCAGGGGUUCUGGUGCCAGUGUUGGGGCAGCCCUGACCCCCCUGCCUCCUCCUAAGAUGCCUCCACAUACAAUCCUGAGCACCGUCCCUCAGCAGAUGUUCAGCGAUGCAGGCAGUGGGGAUGAUGCCCUGGAUGGAGAUGACGACCUGGUGAUUGACAUUCCAGAGUAGCCACCCAGUGCUACCUGCCAGGCACCCCACAGCGCUCCUCCUGUGCCAGCACACUCGAGCCAACUUCCUCAAGAGAUGUUUAUUGAUGCCCAGUUGCCAUGCUUCGGCCACUGACACAGUCAGAAAAGGCGUAAACAUGCACAAAUGUCCCCGAGGAAGGUGGCAGGGGCCCUGCCCUUACAUCCCAGCCCCAUCCAGGGAACAGUUAUUUAAAUCAGUGGCCAGAAGGGUCUGCUACAUCUUAGGGAGGUAGAGACCUAUGGUGGCCACCCUUGAGAAGAGCAGCUGCACAGGGCUGGGACACUUUAAUGAAGGCUCUAUAUUAAAGAGUUGGCUCUUUCUUUCCUUGUCUUUUCCUCUAUUUGGAAGUGUUCUCCUCUAAUCUCCCCUAAUCUGACCCCUCCCUGUGGGGCAGGGGACCAGGCAGCUUGGAGAGGCCAAGAGAGGAGCUGCAGGAUGGGGUGGGGCACUGGCAGGAGACUCCCACGUGGCCCUGUGCAUGGGGUGGUUGCAUAUUUGCAGGUAAUAGCAAAUCAGGCAGGAGAAAGUUUGCAUAUGUGAAUAUAGCUCUCAACGGUCCCUCACAAGAAGACAGACCCACGGUCACAGAGACUCACAAAAAUAAGACAGGUAGUGUGGGGCAGGAGCAUCCCACCCCAUGUAAACGUGCAACACACUCGUGCGAAGGUUGGGUACUGGACCCGGCCCCAGAGGGCCUGUGCUGGGCAGCUGCUGUCCUCUCAGGCCACAGGAAAAGCUCCUGCUGCUGGGGGCAGCUCACUGGUCAGGGUAUGCCAGCGCUCCAGGGCUGUGUCUGGCUGGUGUAGACAGUCACUCCAGUGUUUCUGGGCCUCUCCCCGGGCUCCUGGUCCCAGAGACACACCACCUGAAGAACAGGCAGUGCCGGCCAACCUAUUAGAUGCCAGCUCUCCUCCACUUCUUUCAUGGCACCUGGUGGGCUCUCUCACUCACCUAUGAAGUCAUUGGAUUUGCCAAUGUCGUAGUCCCAGACUGUGACUUCCAGGGUCUUAGUGGCCAGAGUGGAGAGUUCCAUCUCAUAGAAGAAUUCCUGAGAACAAAGGCAGGCGGUGCUUUCUGUCCACACCGCUGUCCCCAGCCCAUCUUUAUUUCUGUUCCCUGCCAUUUUUACCUCAUUAAAUUCUGGGUUUAGCGUCUUCUUCUUUA